CGCAAGUAUGCCAUGGCGAGUAACUGACUGAUCGUUUGCUUUCUACGCUCGGUUUCACUUCCCGAUUCCAUUUUGGCGGAAAAGAGAACCCAACAAAGGUACCCGACCUUCAAACCACCGAAGCGCUGGAUGCCCAUGAUGUAUCCAAGAUGGCAACGCGGCCAUCGUCAUUGCUCACCGGGGCACUCACUUUCCGCAGACAUAGGUCUCGGUAUUCGAGCAGGCCGUUUUACCUGACUCUCCUGGUCCUGGCGCUUCUUGCUGGCGCAAGCGUUCUGCUGAGUGCUACUUCCAAACAGACCCCGUUGCUUGAGGUAUCGCAACUUGUGAAGCGCAGUGAUUUCGCCCUGGGAGGAGGAUCUGAUAGUCUACCUAGACCUAGCCUGGAGCCCUCUGAUGAAUGCCAUUUGGUCCACAAGGUGAAGGACCAAUGCUCCUUCGUCCGGACAUAUUGCGGCGACCAUGAAAUUGGCAUUUUCUCCUACCUACAACUAUACUACUGCAAACUCGCACAUGCAAAGCCAAUCGCGUUUGCCAUCCUGGCUGUCUGGCUAGCGGUCCUUUUCAAUACCAUCGGGAUCGCCGCCAGCGACUUUCUGUGCGUCAACCUCAGCACCAUCGCGAGUAUUUUGGGGAUGAGCGAGAGCUUGACAGGUGUAACCUUUCUAGCUUUUGGAAAUGGCAGCCCCGACGUAUUCUCGACCUUCGCUGCGAUGAAUUCGAACAGCGGCGGCUUGGCGAUUGGUGAGCUUGUCGGCGCGGCCGGAUUCAUAACCGCCGUGGUGGCUGGAUCUAUGGCGCUGGUCAGACCGUUCCGAGUCGCCCGACGGAGCUUUGUCCGCGAUGUCGUGUUUUUUAUUUUUUCGGCGAGUUUCACCAUGGUAUUACUGGCUGAUGGGAAACUCUACGCCUGGGAAUGUGUCGCGAUGAUUUUAUCUUAUGUAUUCUAUGUCUUCGUUGUCGUGACCUGGCAUUGGUACUUGGCCAAGAAACGACGGCAGCGGGAAAGGGAUUUGACUGCAAGAGCCUACUUUCAUAUACCUGAGAACCAGGAGUUGGAGGAGGAGGAGGAAGAAGAGGACGAUGAUCCGGUGACUGGCCAAACCAGACCUCUACUUCGUGGCCCUUCAUCUGAGGAUUUCAAUGCUUUGGAACGCGCAGAUGUUCCGCUAUGGACAGUCGAUGAUGUUGAUGAGGACGCAGACAACCGGGAUCUUGCCGAAAUACAGGGAAAUAUGCGAGUCACUCGCGGCCCAUCAGGCAGUCGACGACCUACCAUCACACCCAUCCGGCCCAGCUUGGUCGGUGCGCUAGAAUUUCGCUCUGUCUUAUCAUCUUUGCAAAAAGCCAGGCAGCAGUCAGGACCGAUCCAUUUGCGAAGAUACUCUGAUGAAAUUGGCCUCCCAAGACGACAGUCUAGUGUUCAACCCGAACGACCGCACGCACAACUUCAUUCCGUACCUAGCCGUUUACGAUCUUCUUCUGUUAAUGAACCGUCAAAUCGUAGUGAUGACAACGGCCAAGUUUCACCGAAUUUCGACUUGCUACUACCAAUUCCACAACCCAUGCCUUUGGACGAUGCACAUCGAGGACUAGAAGGCCAUCCUUCAACAGCAGCGCAUAUAUUCCCGCAAACAGGGCUCGUUAAUUCACCUUCAUCAUCAGGCUUUCCCUCAAGGUCCCAAAGCCCGGUUGUAGGCGAAUCCUCCGCGUCUCCAAUACUAUUAGCACCACCAAAAAAUGGAUUCCAGUCGCCACAGCGUCUCUUAGAACCAGUUGGAUACCAGAGUGCGGAUAUCUCCCCAGGCACCAAACUGCAAAUUGAUACCUCAAACUCGCGGCCCACAACAGCCUCAGUGAGCCCAACCUCUGCUUUCCCUCCGUAUUCUGACACUUUUUCCAUGCGUUCCCAAUCCCGUAGUCCUCGACACGCGAGACGUGCAAGUUUGUCCGCUGCAUCAUCUUUUACACGGCCGGGUUCCAGGGACGUUCAAGCAGAACCCAAGCCAAUAAGUUGGUGGCCUUACCGAUACCUACCCUCUCCUCAUACUAUAGCUGCGGUUUUAUUUCCAACCUUAUACGACUGGCGAAUAAAACCCGUAUGGGAAAUUCUCCUUGGAGUCGUUGCUGCGCCCAGUGUCCUGCUCCUAACUAUCACGCUUCCCGUUGUUGAACCAAAGGAGUCUGAGCCGGAGACUCCUCCAGAACCGGAAAUCAAUGUAUCUGGUGUCCAGGAGAGUGGGACAGAUCCUCCUCAACCGAGUCAUCAUGCGUCUGACAUGUGUCGAAUAGCAGUAGUACCAGAUACAGAAGGAUUGGACGGUGACCACGACCGCGCUACGAGAGCUUCGCUUCUCCCAACUGGGAGCCGGAUUCGACAGGACUCCGAGGCUCCCGUUCCACCAACGCUGCCGAAAGACCAACCAAUACCAUCGUCGCCCAAGGAAUUCAACCGGUGGCUCCUAGUCCUCCAACUCUUGGUAGCUCCAUGCUUCAUAGCACUAAUAGCCUGGUCAAGUCUGGAUAGCAACCUGAAACCUCGAAACCUCCUCCUUUCCACCCUAGUCGCACUCCUCGCCUCCGCCAUCUUCCUCACCAUCCUCCUCCUCGCCACAAAAGCCAACAGCACCCCCAACCAACAACUCCCCCGGCGCUUCCGCCCCUUUGUCGCCUUCCUCGGCUUCGUCGUGUCCAUCGCCUGGAUCUCCACCCUCGCCUCCGAAGUUGUCAACCUCCUCAAAGCCAUCGGCGUCAUCCUCAGCAUUAGCGACUCACUCCUGGGCCUCACCAUCUUCGCAGUCGGCAACUCCCUCGGCGAUCUCGUUGCCGACAUCACCGUGGCUCGUUUGGGAUACCCGGUCAUGGCGCUGAGCGCCUGCUUCGGCGGGCCCAUGCUGAAUAUCCUUCUCGGCGUUGGCAUGGGCGGGUUGUACAUGACGCUUCAGCCGACGAAAUCAUUUCCUGUAUCUACUACAGGAAGUGUUAUAGCGCAGACGCUCUCUGCCGCCUCUAACCCGUAUGAGAUCGAACUAACCAAGACGCUGUUGAUAAGCGCAGCAACGCUGUUGGUGACGCUGGUGCUGCUACUGAUUAUCGUGCCGCUGAAUGGGUGGUGGAUGGACCGGAAGAUCGGCUGGGGUCUGGUGGCUUUGUGGACGGUGACGACGGUUGCGAAUGUGGUGUUGGAGGUGGUUUCUUCGAAUUAGCUUAGCGUGUAUUCUUUUUUUUUUUUUUUCUCUGUCUAUAUAUUUUACCCAUUCCCAUUUUCCCUUUCUGCUUCCAUGCCUUUCUGAUAUCUUUUGUUUGGCUUCUGGGUCGUGUUGUGUAUGUCUGUCUCCCCGACCUACCAGUUUUCACCAUCAUUUCUUUUAUGUUAUCAACCUUCGCCCUUCACCUGAUAGUCUAUGGAUAGAAUACGGAUAUUGUAUUGGGGGAGAUACAGCCAUUCCCAUUUUCUACUUUAGAAGACCACCCUCACUGGCAGUCAGCCUGUUACGAUAAAACAACGUAUGUACAAGACCGAGUCCAAAAAAUAUAUCAAUCAAGAGACCUAG